AUGAAGACUGCUUUAAUUUUGCUUAGUAUUCUUGGAAUGGCCUGUGCUUUUUCGAUGAGAAAUUUUUAUAGAAGAGCCAAAAUAGAGAACUCUGAAGAAAAUGCAGUCUUUAAGUACCGACCACGAUAUUCUCUUUUUAAGCAUGCUUACUUCUAUCCUGCCCUAAAACAAUUUCCAGUUCAGACCAGUAGUGAUUCUUCUGAAGAAAAUGGAGAGGGUGAUAGUUCAGACGAGGAAGAGGAAGAAGAGGAGACUUCAAAUGAAGAGGAAAACAAUGAAGAGAAUGAAGAUUCUAAUGGAAAUGAAGAUGAAGAAUCCGAUGCUGAGAACACAACACUUUCUACAGUAACACCUGGCUAUGGAGAGGACAUCAUACUUGGAACAGGAACUAUAGGCCUGGCUGGAAUUCAGCUUCCCAAGAAGGCUGGAAAUUUAGCAAACAACCCUAGCAAAAAAGAUGAAAGUGAUGAGGAGGAAGAGGAAGAAGAUGAAGAUGAAGAAAACGAGGCAGAAGUAGAUGAAAAUGAGCAAGGCAUAAAUGGCACGAGCACCAAUAGUACAGAGGCGACUAAUGGCAAUGGCGGCAAUGGUGGAGACAAUGGAGAUGAAGAAGGUGAAGAAGAAAGUGUCACAGAAGGCAUGGCCAAAGAAACAACAGUGGCUAGUGAGCAGGACAAUAGUGGCUUUCAGACAACAACAUUUGCUGUUCCAGAUGGUGGCUUUGAGCAAACAACCCCACCACAGUAUGUUUAUGGGACUACUCCAGCCCCGUUUGGAGAGACCACCACCACUGGAUAUGAGGAAGAAUAUGAACAAACAGGCACCAGUGAAUAUGGCAAUGACUACGAAAUCUAUGAAAACGAGAAUGCAGAACCUCGUGGGGAUACCUACCGAGCCUAUGAGGAUGAGUAUAGCUAUUAUAAAGGCCAUAGCUAUGAUGGUUUUUAUGGCCAAAAUUAUUAUUAA